UCUGAAUGUUCUUCGACAAAGAAAGAAUUGUAAAAUUGAUGCAAUAGAACUAAAUAGCAUCUCCUUCAUCCUUUAAAAUAGAUUCUCCUAGAAUAUAUUCAAAAACUCCUAAUUCCUCAUCAAAAUUAAAUUUUGAUCUUACUUCAAAAGGCAAGCUUAAAUUGAAUUUUUUAGCAGACAAUCCCUCUUUAACCAAUCGUUACAUGUUGAAUACUAAGAAUAAAACAAAAUAGCAAAAAUAUUUGUUUAGUAAAGAAAAUAAGUUUAUCGAGUCAUCACUCAAAAAAAGCUAAUUAUACCCAUCUACAGAUUCAAUACUCUAAAAUCUUAACAUAUAAUCUCCUAGCUCUACAUUUAGUGAAGAGUUCAUGAAAAUUAAUUAAAAAUUCAAUUCAGUUAAAAAUGCGGAUAAUGAACAAUGCUUUUAGCGAAAACAGAGUAAUUCAGUAAUAUAAUUGAUAAAUAAGAAUGCAACUUAACUUGAAGGAUACGAAAAUAAGUAUAAAUUAAUAUUCAAAGCUAUUAUAGUUCUGUAAUGAGAUCAACAGAUAAAGUAAAAUAAUAAUUUAAUGAAAUUACACUUUUGGAUUUGAAAAGUUAGAAUAUAUAUUUAUAAGUAAGAAAUUUCUAUUUACAUUUUUAAGUAAGAAAAUACCACUAUGAAAUCUUAAUUGUAAUCUUUAUAAGAUAAUAUUAAACAUUAAAAUAAAGUUAUUGAGAAGUUAAAAUAUAAUAUUUAAUAACUUGAAUAGUAAUAUAUAUUUAAAAACUAAAGAUAGAUUUAACAUCUAAUUGAAGGAGAAGGAUGAAAAAUCAACAUCUAUUAUAGAUAAACUCAACUCUUAAUUAAAUGUUGAAGGGUUAAUUCAAGAGGAACUCAGAAAAAAUAUGGUAGAAAAAUAAUAAGAACUUAGUAAAUAUAAUUUAGUAAUUUAAAAAAAUUAAUAUUUUUUAGAUCGAACAAGAGAUCAAGAAAAUUGAAGAUUUUCAUUUUGAAACUUUAAGUAAGAUAAAUAAGGAACUCAAGGAAUAGUAAGUUUAACUUAAAAUUCUGAAUCAUCAUAUUAGUUGUUUAUCAUAAAUAUCAAUUCUAUUAUCAGAAAAGGAGGAAAUUCCGAUUGAAAUUUUGUUUAAAUAUAAGUAAAACCCUCAGAUUUCAUAAAAAUUAUAGGAUUCAGAGAAAAUUGAAAACAUUCUUCAGUCAAACUCGAAACUGAUAAAAGAGUUAUACGAUUUAAUUGGAAAAUCGUUUGAAAAAAUAUCAUACAACUUUGUUUAAGAAUAUUCAUAAAUCUUGUAUAAGUAAUGA